CAUCGAAUAUGUUCCGAACGAUACCAGAAGUUUCAUACUAUACUACUAGAUAGUUAAAGACAAGCGUCCUCUUGUGCCUUUGAAUUUCGAUUAUUGACACGUGUACGUUUAGCCUUCUUUUUCUCUAACUUUAUAUACAUUUUUAAAAGAUUAAUCAAAUAAAUACGAAAAUGAGGAUACUUUGCGUACUGUUCACUUUGCUAGUGAUCACUGUCACUUCGUUAGCUCGUCCUCAGGAGCCAAAAAAUUCGAACGAGACUACAACUGCUAUACCUUUGACGCCUGCAAUUAAAAAUAAUGAUACUCCAAGCGGUACACCAGCGUCAAUGGGAAAAUCUAAUGAGAAACCUAACAAUGUUAUUGCUCAUACUACUCCAAGCGUUACUAUUGCUGGAAAAUUAAAAGAGGAUGUUGUAAAUAUUGCUACUGCAUUAACGAAAACUGCAGUAACACCUGUAACAAUAGAUUCUAAGACCGAUUUGUCUUCUUCUGCAAUUACAUCGAGCGAUAAAAUUACUUCUACCACUACUACUAUUGCUACUACUGUUACUACUACUGCUGCACCACCUACAAAAUCGACUUCUACUACUACUACUACUACUCCUGCUGCUGCUUCUUCUCCUAUUACUGAAAUUGUUGAUACCAAGAAUAGCAAUAUAAUUCCAACUUUAGCAGAUAUAACUACAGCAGUACCAGUUACAACAACAUGUCCACCAUCGGAUCGUCAUUUUGAUGGUCUUAGCUUUCUAGGUGGUAUUAUUUUAACUCUCUGCUUGAUCGGAAUUGGAAUCUUUUUAUGCAAAUAUUGUCAACACGUUUGCGAAGAUAAAUAUCGUACACUAUGACUAAUUACGUAAAUUUUAGUGUAAUAUAUUUCAUUUGUUGCAGUACCACCGAUACCAUAGAUCUCAAAAUUUUAGAUCAUAUUUUUAUUUUAGUUAUUACUUUGCUUAGACAAAAUUUUAUAUUAUUUUAUUUUUAUUUGUAGAGUUUUAUUUUUUUCCAACAAAGCGUGAAACGCAACACGUUUUAUGCACUAAUUUAUUUGUUUAUUAUAUCGUGCUUAUUUCUUUUUUCGCAAUAAGAAAAACGCGCGAAUCGAUCGAAAAAUUAAUUAAUCGAUCAAUUUAUCUUUCUAACGAUUCGAAUGAGAAAAAAAAAAUACGAAUCUCAACGAGAGAGGAUAAACUCUCAGCUGUUAACUCGUAAAAGAGUAGUCCUUGCACAAACGAGUACAAUUAGUUGAAGUAGUUAUAUUUUACUUUUGUAUUGUAUCAAAGAAAAGUUAUAGAAUCUCGGCCGAGCAACGAGGCUCUUCUUAUUUGUAUAAUAUACAUAUAUGUAUAUAUACAUAAUAUAUAUAUAUACUUCUUUUAUGUAUGUAUCUUUAUUAAAAGAAACAAAUGUAUAUAAUAAAUAAAUUCUCAAAGUUGUUCCAUUAGGAACAAUUCACUCACGUAA